AAUCACAGGUCUCCUCCACCACAGCUCCACACGGACAUCCGCGACUCUCUGCCAUCAUCUGCCUCAGACUGUACAAGGCUGAUUUAAAGAUCUGAAAACAUGGCUGUAGUAAGUGGAACUUACCGCAUGGUCUCAGAGGAGGAGCAGGCUCUCAGGGCCAAGCUGGAGCACCUCACCAUCAAAGACCACGGGCCGGUGUUUGGACCCUCCCCCAAUGUGCCAGACCACACCAGGCAGAAGGCCAAGGAUGAGCUGAACGAGACGGAGGAGAAGCGAGUUGCUGCAGUGAAGGAGCUGCGAGCGAUGAUCAAGGAGAAGGCAGAUUCUGGGGAUGAGUUGAGCAAGGGGGUGCAGGACACCUUUGGGGAGAAACCAGACGCCAUGAUGGUCCGCUUCAUCCGCGCCAGGAAGUAUGAUGUGGCCAGAGCCUUUGAGCUCAUGAAGGGAUAUGUGCGUUUCAGGAGAGAUUACCCUGAGCUCUUUGAGAAUCUGACCCCUGAGGCUGUUCGCAGCACCAUCGAGGCCGGAUACCCAGGCAUCCUGCACAGCAGAGACAAAUACGGCCGCGUGGUUCUGCUCUUCAACAUCGAGAACUGGGACUACGAGGAGAUCACCUUUGAUGAGAUCCUGCGUGCUUACUGUGUAAUCCUGGAGAAGCUGCUGGAGAAUGAGGAGACUCAGAUCAACGGCUUCUGCAUCAUCGAGAACUUCAAGGGCUUCACCAUGCAGCAAGCAUCAGGAAUUAAACCCACUGAGCUCAAGAAGAUGGUGGACAUGCUGCAGGACUCCUUUCCUGCUCGUUUCAAAGCGGUGCACUUCAUCCACCAGCCCUGGUACUUCACCACCACCUACAAUGUGGUCAAACCCCUCAUGAAGGGCAAGCUGCUAGAAAGAGUGUUUGUCCACGGUGAUGAGCUGGAAAACUACUACAAGGAGUUUGACCCGGAGAUCCUUCCCUCCGAGUUUAACGGAAAAGGUUCCAAGUACGACGGCAAAGCCACAGCGGCCAAACUGUUCGACUAAAUUCACCUGCACUUCCUUGCCAAAAUGAUGAGAGCCUUCGUUUACUCCAAACCCUGUAAAGUGUGGAGAAUUACAGCCGAAUUUCGCCGUGUGGUAACAUUUAUGGAUGAGAGAUGUGAGCAAGACGUUCAAAAAGAUCCCGAUGAAGCACAUUUAUGUAGGAGGAGACUGUAAAAUGACUUCGAGUUACAAACCUUUUUGACUGAUUUCACCUCGUCAUAAAAUUCCUUCUUCAAGUCCUAAACCUAAUUAUUUAUUAUAGAACAAUAAAAUGUAUUUAUUUUGGUCAAUUCCUCAUUUUUGCUGAUCAUUUUAAAUGUUUUAAAGUUAGCCAUAACAGACAGUAGCUCCUGUUGCUUUAUGUUCUUGUACAGAGACAGAAAAACAGGCAAGAAUCAGUUAUUUUCCUUGCUAAUUACUGUGACAUAACCUCAACAAUAUGCAGGGCUACAUAACCACUGUGGCGGAUUUGCAUUCUUCAGCAGAUUUUCAGGAUUUUCAGGAGGUUAGGUAAGCCAACGCAGUGGAAAAUAGUGGCUUCACCAGAGGUAGUAUUUAACCUAAAAUUCAGAAAGUAGUCAGCUUCGGGGAAGAUUAUGCAACACGCUGACGCUGAGCAACUCCUUUCUGUCUCUCCUUCACUGAAGUGUGCUUUGUUUGGACUUUGGCGGGUCCACACGGCCCGUUUUAACACUGGCAGGUCCCAGCUUUCUCAAAUUCCCGUCUCCACUGGAAGAACACGGCUCAUAUUCCAGAAAGUGCCUCUCUUUCGAGUGUUUUGUGUCACUGCUCUCUUGUAAGAUUAUUUGAAAGUUUUACCCGCUGUGCACCGUUGAUGUCAAUAAAUGUACAUUACACGGUUGAAAA